CCCAAAAAAUCGUCAAUACUAUAUUUGCUGUACUUCGUGUAACAAAAGCUAAGUCAUACUACAAGGUUAUCACGUUCCAGCAGCAGCCUCCCAAUCGUAAAACUGAUAACCCUCGUGGUAACCACGGUUUCGGCGGAUGACUACCGUGAUAGCCGGAUUGGCGGUGUAGGGGACCCACUUGCCUGGGUGCGUAACGAUGCAGUGCAGAAAACAUCUGACAGCAGCGUAAGAAGGCCACGGCGCCACUCACGCAACCUUGUUACCGGCUUCCAGUAUCGUGUGCGUCCCACUGCAUAACUCCUUGAACUUGGUGGAUAAAGGUGUACGACUGUGUUUGUGUGUGUAAAGGCGCCAAGAGCGAAAAAGAAGUUAUCUCACGCAAACGAUAUUGAGCGAUGGCCAGCGCACUGAGAGGAUUUGUCUCGCUCGCACCGAUAUUCAGCGUGCGACGCCUGUCAACAAUUGGACGAGUUGGGGCAUCUUUGCAGGCACAACUGCCAAACCAUUAUUCUCCAGGAGCUUCCGUUACCGGUUUGCGGUUACACGAGCCUCGUGUCGCUAAAGUUAAUUACGAUCAGGCCAGAUUUAGUUCCUCGUUGCCAAAAUCUGCUCCUAAGAUGGCUGGAAAUGCAAAACUACUCCACGAGAACCUAUGGGAUCAAGAUAAGGAGCUGAUGGAUUUGAUACGAAAGGAGAAGAAACGCCAAACCAGAGGUCUGGAAAUGAUUGCCAGCGAAAAUUUCACCUCUCUUUCUGUGCUGCAGUGCCUCAGUUCGUGUUUGCAUAACAAAUACUCGGAAGGGUUGCCCGGUCAAAGAUACUACGGAGGUAAUGAAUUUAUUGACGAGAUCGAACUGUUGGCUCAAAAGCGCGCAUUGGAAGCAUACCGUCUAAACCCGGAGGAAUGGGGCUGCAACGUUCAACCGUAUUCGGGGUCGCCAGCAAACUUCGCUGUCUACACUGCGUUGAUUGAACCGCACGGCCGCAUAAUGGGGCUCGAUCUGCCCGACGGUGGCCAUCUAACGCACGGUUUCAUGACGCAGACGAAGAAAAUUUCGGCCACAUCCAUCUUCUUCGAAAGCAUGCCGUACAAGGUCGAUCCCGUAACCGGGUUGAUCGAUUACGACAAAAUGGAGGAAACGGCACGUUUGUUCAAACCGAAAGUGAUCAUUGCCGGCAUUUCGUGCUAUUCGCGCUGUCUGGAUUACAAGCGAUUCCGCGAAAUUGCCAACCAAAAUGGUGCAUAUCUGUUCGCUGACAUGGCACACAUAUCGGGCCUGGUAGCCGCUGGUAUAAUACCGUCUCCCUUCGAGUACGCAGAUGUGGUCAGCACGACGACGCACAAGACGCUGCGUGGACCGCGUGCUGGUGUAAUUUUCUUCCGGAAAGGCGUGCGCAGCGUAAAGGCAAACGGGGAGAAGGUGAUGUACGAUUUGGAGUCGCGCGUCAAUCAGGCCGUAUUCCCUGGACUGCAAGGUGGCCCACACAAUCACGCGAUCGCUGGAAUUGCGACCUGCAUGUUGCAAGCACAGACACCAGAGUUCCGUGCCUACCAGGAGCAGGUAAUCAAGAAUGCACGCGCACUUUGUGCCGGUUUGCUCGAGAAAGGAUAUUCCGUGGCAACCGGAGGCACUGAUGUGCAUCUUGUGCUGGUAGAUCUACGCCCGGUUGGAAUUACGGGUGCCCGAGCGGAAUACAUUCUGGAGGAAAUUUCUAUUGCAUGCAACAAAAACACCGUUCCCGGUGACAAAUCCGCUCUAAAUCCAUCUGGAAUUCGGCUGGGUACGCCUGCCCUAACAACACGUGGCCUGCUAGAAAAGGAUAUGCAGCAAGUGGUGGAGUUUAUCGAUCGUGGAUUACGCUUGUCGAAGGAAGUUGCCAAUGUUUCUGGACCGAAACUCGUGGACUUUAAGCGUGUCAUUCACGAAGACGCCACAUUUAGCGCCAAAGUGCAAAGCUUGCGCAAGGAAGUGGAACUGUACAGUGAGCAAUUCCCUCUGCCUGGCUAUGAGGAAUUCUAAAGAAAAAAUAAAGUAGAUUUUAUAAAUUUACUCAUUAAACGAA